AACACCCCCGGAGAAAUAAUAGUCAUCUUUGAAUUAAUUUUUAAAAAGAAAAAAACCUUUCCCGACAUCCAAUGCAAAUACCAGAACUUCUGCGUUCCGGUCGCGAUUUGUACUGAUUGUAAUUUUUCGUAAAAAGAGGCCGAAAAGACAUCUAUUUUCCUGAAACACACAAGGAAAAAAGCCAAGGAAGAAAGAAAAGGGAAAUCUCUUCAUUUGUAUUUUACGCGUUCGGGAUUUACUUGGGAAUUUCCGCGAAAAAUUGCAUUUUGAAUAAAUUAUUCGCCAAGUGGCGAUGCGAGACGGUUGAGAUCAAUUAUCCCUGUGGAACAACUGCUUGCAACUCGCGCUGUGAUUGGCCAGUCGUAUCAAGGCUGCAAAAUCUUGCCUUUCGAGCAAACUCCUCUUCGUCAUGGCGUAAAUAUUAGUGAAUCUACAAGAUGGCUUUAGUUUUAUUACUUAAGACGUGCACCAACUUGCACGGAAAGGCGGAUAGAAUCGCCAGAGUAACUUUUAGAGGAGUCACAUACCAGACAAGUGUAGUUGAGCAUUCAUCAGAGGCCGAUUGGGAUGAAGACUUUGAAUGGCCUUUGUCUAGUCCCCUGGACCCCAGUGAGUUCAUUGAAAUUGAGGUGUACACCUUCAACAAAAUAUUCCAAAACAGAUUGGUUGGUGUUUUCCGGAUGGUGCUGCAAAGACUCAUCCAGGAAGGCCACUUGGAGGUGGAAGAGAGUUUGGUUGACAUGAACAACACAGUGCUCAAGGCAACUGUAUCACUUGAACUACAAUACAAUGCACCAGAAGGGCACAUCUCUCAAUGGGUGAAUGGCAUGCCAGAUGCCAUGGAUUCCCCACCCCAGGUCGGAUACUACCCAGACACCGGCCGUGACUUUGACAACAACGAGUCCAUCAUGAGCGGAAGUUAUGGACGUCAACAACAACAACAGAAGGAACGCAGAGGAUCCUUCAUGAGCCUGAACAGUGGCAAGCAAGCUAAGAGUCAGAGCCUGGUCAGCCUACAGUCAUCUGGCAGCAACAGGAGGGGGGAUCGUAAGGAGUCAAUGCCUGCCUCAGUGGGUGGCGGCGGAAGGUAUAUUAGUCCUGGUGAUGGUGGGGGUGUGGCAGCUCCAUUUGAUGCUAUGCUGGAAGGCAAGGGGAUAGGGAGCAGAAGAGGCUCGCAGAUCAGUGUACACAGUGACAGAAGCAUGAGCAUGAAAUGUAGUCAUGCCCAUCCCAGAGUCAGAGCUGAGAAGAAAAUGUCUGUCCGAGAGCAAGACUACCAGAUCCAAAUCCGCAUCCAUGAAGCAAGGCAACUCGCUGGUACACAGAUUGACCCUGUCUGCACAGUCAGCGUGGGUAACCAGAAGAAAAGCACCACAAUCAAGGAGCAGACCAACUGCCCCUUCUAUGACGAGUUCUUCGUCUUCGACUUCAAGAUGCCUCCCAUGGUGCUUUUUGACAAAAUCGUCAUGUUUCAGUUCUAUACUGGACGAAACUUGGUCAGUCAGGGUGCCCUGAUCGGGUCAUUCAAGCUGGAUGUGGGUACAGUGUACGCUCAGCCCGAUCAUAGGUUCUGUCGCCGAUGGGCGGUCCUUACUGACCCAGAAGAAACACUUGGCGCAUCAGGCGCCGGAGUUAAGGGUUACGCAAGAGUUGACAUCACCGUUCUUGGAAAGGGUGAUCCGGCAAAGGAACAGCCAGGCAUCAAAGACAACGAUGAUGACAUCGAGGGGAAUCUGCUUCUGCCUGAUGGAGUGCCCGCCGAGAGACCCAAGGCCCGCGUGAUCAUCAAGAUCUACCGCGCAGAAGGGCUACCUAAAAUGAACAGCGGCUUAAUGGCAAACGUCAAGAAAGCCUUUACGGGAGAGAUACUUUCCUCCAAAGCAAACAAGGUGCGCGAUCUGGUCAACCCUUACGUCGAGGUGCAGUUUGCUGGACACAGGGCGCGGACCACUGUAAAGAAGAACACAUACGAGCCGAAAUGGAACGAGCAGGUCGUCUUCUCCGAGCUGUUUCCACCUUUGUGCCGGCGAAUCAAGAUUCAGCUCAAAGACAGUGACUCUGUGACGGACGAAGUGAUUGGUACUCACUUCAUUGAUCUAUCUCGUAUCUCAAAUGACGGUGCAAAUGGCUGGUUAACGGAAGUGUAUGUGCCGGGCACAGGCAUUAAAGUUCCUGGUUCCAUUCAAGCUCCUGUUCAUAGAUACCCAACAGAUAUCGGUUUUAUGCCUACAUUUGGCCCAUGUUGGGCUAACCUCUACGGGUCGACACGCGACUACUCGCUCUUCGACGAGCACAAUGACCUCAACAAUGGACUGGGUGAGGGAGUGGCUUUCCGUGGCCGCCUUCUCAUAGCCGUACAUGCCGAGUUUGGCGAGUCUGCCUCGGAGUCCGGCAUCCGGCAAGUAGAGGUGGAGCCGACUGCACCCAUCUCAGAUACUGCUGCUGGUAAAGACGAACAGUUCCAGCUGUUUGCAUGCUUCUACGAGGCCAGUAUGAUUGACAGGAAGGUUGGAGACAAGAUGGUCAGCUUCGAGAUGAGUAUUGGCAACUGGGGCAACUCUAUCGACGGUCAACCAAUUGAUGAGAUGGGUGGAGAUGAGGAUCGCCGAGAUGGAGAUAACCCCUUCCUCUACUCCCUCACUCCUCCCGUCAAACCAGUCACAAACGACAGGCAGUACUAUCACAUUCCUUGGGAAGACUCCAAGCCGUGCACACACAUCAAGUUCAUGUGGCAGGAUCACCGCCGACGCCUCUACAACUCUAACGUGCUGCUCAAGAUCUGUGAACGCCUGGAGGAUGGUCUAACGGACUGUAUUGAGCGCGUCAAGAUGGAUCUCCCCAACACAUUCCGGUGGCUGAGCCGUGUGCUAUCCGAGCUCAUCAACGGAUGCAACCAAUAUCUGAACCUGAUCAAGUCAAUGCCGACUGCCUCCCAUGUGGGACGAACUAAACUGGACAAAGAGCGCCUGAAGCUGUGCCAGUACGAGGUCGAGUCGGUCUGCACGUCGGCACAAGAGCUCAAGACGAGUACCAAGGAUGACACGCACAUGAAAGACAAUCUAAAAGCUGCUAAUGCCUUGCUGCAGAGGCUGCUUAACAUUGCGGUGGAGCCUCAAGACACGAUCCCUGAUGUGUUUAUCUGGAUGCUGUGUGGCGGGAAGAGGGUUGCGUACUCUCGCAUUCCCUCUCAACACAUCAUGUACUCCUUGGUGGAAGAGGAAAGAGGCAAGGACUCUGGGCGUAUGCAGACCGUCUUCCUAAGGUUGCCCGGAAAGAGAGGCGAUGGUCCCAAGGGCUGGGCCAUUCAGGCCAAGCUGAACAUCAUGAUCUGGCUCGGUCUGCACAAGCACAAGAAGGACUACCUCAAAGACGCACCCAAAGGAUACCAGACGCCCAAAAAUGCUCACAAACUGAUGGCGCCUCCUCCGAACCAUCUCAUUUACACAGAGAAACAGAAGUUUGUCCUACGCGCGCACGUGUACCAGGCGAGAAGUCUGAUCGGCAGCGACGCCUCAGGUCUGUCGGACGCGUUCGCGCGCGUCAUCUUCACGCAUCUCGUUAGUGACACGCGCGUCAUCUGGGAGACACGAAGCCCCACGUGGGACCAGACGCUGAUUUUCCAGGAAGUUGUGCUGUGGGGAGACGUGAACGAGAUCGCGGUCAACCCGCCCACCAUCGUCGUCGAGAUCUUUGACAAGGACAUCGGCGGCGACUCGGAGUUUAUCGGACGCGCUCUGGCCCGGCCUAUCGUCAAGAUGGCAUGCGAGCCGUACGAGAAACCCUUCUUCCCGCCAGCUCUCGAGUGGUUCCAAGUCUGCAGAGGAGAGGAGAACGCGGGAGAGAUGCUCGCAGCCUUCGAGCUGCUGCAGGUGACAAGUGGCACGUGCUUCCUUCCAAGCGAGGUUGAGCCUGUUAAUACCCCGGAUGGACCAAUCACACCAGUGCCUGUCGGGAUACGCCCUGUCAUGAAAAAGCACAGGAUCGAGGUGCUAUUCUGGGGGGUGCGUGAGAUGAAGCGCAUCAAUCUCACCACAGUGGACAGGCCUCAGGUUGACAUCGACCUCGCAGGCCACGUGAUCCAAUCAACCGUCAUCACAAAUGCGAAGAAAAACCCGAACUUCCAGAACCCGGUCUGCUACUUUGAUGUGGAAUUGCCGGAGAAUGAGCGCUACUGCCCUCCCUUGACGAUCCGUGUCCGGGAUUGUCGGACAUUUGGCCGCUUUACCCUUGUGGGCACGCACGUGUUGAACUCGCUGCACAGGUACCUUCAGACGGGUGAGAAGGAGAAGGAACGAAUCGAGAAGGCUGAAGCCGUAGCGAAUGGCCCGUCCCGCCCUACCUCGCCAGGAGGAGGCGAGGUUGCGCUUGAGAUGGAUGACGCCCCGCCCAUCGAAAUGGAACAGAUGGAGUUACAGGCACGACUCAUUACUGAGAAGAAGAAGGAGAAAGGAGACAAGGAUAAAAAAGAAGACGACGAUGAUGAGGACUCCCUUGAUUGGUGGUCGCGUUAUUACGAGACUCUAAAAGACCAAGAGAAGGGCGACAGUGGAACCCAUACCUCCGGUCAGGGCAAGAAGAAACCGAAGAAGGAGGAGGAGUCGGAAGAGGAGAAGAGGAAGAAGGCCAUCCCAAGAUUGAAUAUCUUCAAGCUUGAGCUUGAGUGCAUGCACGACUUUAACGGGUUCAACGACUGGCUGCACUCGUUCCCUCUCUUCCGGGGCAAGAAGACGAGCGAGGAUGAUGAUGAUGAUCAUAGAAUCGUCGGCAAGUUUAAGGGCUCGCUGAAGGUCUGGAAGUACCCACUUCCCGAGCACGUCGAGAUGGAUCCCAUCGUGGGAACCUUCCUCAAACUGCCUAGCAACGAACCUGUCAAUGUUCUCGUCAGAGUUUACGUUGUCAAGGCACUCAAUCUACACCCUUCAGACGUGAAUGGAAAGGCGGAUCCUUACUUGGUGGUCAACCUUGGCAAGCACAGGGUGCGGGAUCGCGACAACUACGUCUCCAAGCAGCUCAACCCAACUUUUGGAAGGUGCUUCGAGUUCGAGGCUAUCAUCCCCAUGGACUCCAUGCUGACGGUCGGCAUCUACGACUGGGAUCUUGUCGGUAGCGACGACCUGAUUGGCGAGACCAAGGUCGACCUUGAAAACAGAUUUUACAGCAGGCACCGGGCUACCUGUGGACUGCAAGAUCAGUAUGCCACGUUUGGAUUCAACAAAUGGAGAGAUCCUCUGCGCCCCACCCAGAUCCUCGCGAAGCUGUGCAAGGAGGAGGGCCUGGACGGUCCCCACUACUCCACGGGACGCGUGCGUGUCGAUAACAAGGUGUUCGUGGCGGCGCCGCAAAUACUCGAGGAGAGCGGUCACUGGAAGCAGUCAGACGAGCCUUCGGCACUCAGAUGCCUCAAGCAGUUCCAAACACUCAAACGAGGCUUCACGCUCGUUCCUGAACACGUGGAAACGAGGGCGCUAUUCAACCCCGAGAAGCCUGGGGUCGAGCAGGGUAAACUUGAGAUGUGGGUUGACAUGUUCCCCAUGGACAUGCCUUCUCCGGGCGCGCCGGUGGACAUCACACCAAGGAAGCCAACAAGCUAUGAGCUGCGUGUGAUCAUCUGGAACACAGAGGACGUUUUGCUGGAGGAAGCCAACAUGCUAACAGGAGAGAAGUGUUCCGAUAUCUUCAUCAAGGGAUGGCUUGAAGGUCUUAAAGACGACAAACAGCAGACAGAUGUCCAUUACAGGUCCCUGACUGGUGAAGGCAACUUCAACUGGAGAUUCAUCUUCCCCUUCCAGUACCAGAAAGCCGAGGAAAGAAUUGUCAUUACGCGAAAGGCAAGUUUCUUCUCGUGGGACGAGUCCGAGGAGAAAGUUCCUGCCAGACUUCACCUGCAGGUUUGGGAUGCUGACGCCUUCUCUGCCGAUGAUUUUAUUGGGGAUCUGUGCCUGGACCUAACCAGGAUGCCGCGCGGUGCAAAGACGUCGAAGUCCUGCACACUGGACCUGCUCAAGCAAGACGGCUCCGUCCCUCAGGUCUCAUUUUUCAAGAUGAAACACAUGAAAGGCUUUUGGCCUUUCUUUGUCAACACGGAGGAGGAGGAGAUAGAGUUGGCGGGAAAAGUAGAGGCGGAGCUGGAGUUGUUGACUCAGGAAGAGGCAGAGAAGAAACCCGCUGGUCGGGCAAGGGAGGAUCCCCAGGCUCUGGAGAAACCCAACCGUCCUGAUGUCGCCUGGAUGAUGAUGAUGAACCCCUUGCGAGGCCUCAAGGCCAUGAUCUGGAAUAACUACAGGAUGUGUCUCAUCAAGAUGUUGGUGAUUGCGCUUCUGCUCGCGCUGAUGGGACUCUUCUUCUAUUCCAUGCCCGGAUACACCGUAAAGAAGAUUUUCGGCGCAUAGUGACUCAUCAAAGACUUCAAGUAACCUCCGAUAAAAGACAACGAACUCCGGCUCAAUCAAAGACUUCAACUAUCCUCCGAUACAAAACAACGAACUCCGGCUCAAUCAAAGACUUCAACCCUCCGAUACAAGACAACAAACUCCGGCUCAACAAUUCCAUACAAGACACUGAUAUUAUUUAUUGGCAGAAAUGAUAGCGAAAAUAUUUAUGACUUCUGGCUGAUAACUUAUUUAAGACGCAGCCUACUAAAAAGCAUACCAUGGAAAUAUACUUAGCAUAUUCUAGGCAAUCUAUUCCGAGAAAUCUAUUCCAAGAAAUACAGGGGCUGGGCGUUUUUUGUUCUUGGAAUGUUCUUCGAUGCAACUGUAGCCUUAUCAAAAGAUAUCUCCAUAGUUAAAUUAGUGUAUACUACGUAGAUUUAAAUCAUGUAAUUUAAUAGUAUCUCGUCCGUUUAUCUCCCGCUGCUCAUUGACUUGGUGUUCACCUGAUAUUAUGGAGAUUUUACCUGAACCCUUAGAACUUGUGCGGAGAUCCUUUACAUAAAAUCAGCGUAAAUAAUAGAUUCUAUGUUUAUAUUAUGUUUAUAUACAUUUUGCAUGUUUUUUUAAAAGGGCCCCAUAAACGUCUAGUUUUGUUGCUAAGAUAUGAAGAUAAUUUAGAAUAUAUUUUUGCAAUUAUAUUUUCCUUCUACGAAGGUGAACGCAGGAGAGCAUAAUGGAUAUCGCGGGAUCGAUUCCUAGUAAACCUGCUUUUUUGUUUUCAUUAUACGUCCCUAAAUUUCGAAACCUAUUACAGUAAACUACGUCAUUUUAUUCACCUUGUUGCCUCAAUCGUUAGUGCCCCCGGUUCAGUUAUGCGUACAAUGUUAAGCAAUACCGUGACAGCCGAAAUUGAGAAAUCUCUCUUCCAUUUUUAUCUCUCCUCGAGAUAAAACAGUUGAAAAAAAUGUUUUGGAACUUCUUAUUUGAGGUAGCCUUCCUCUUUCUUAAUCUGGUCGAGUCUUUUUGCUUUCUUUUGUUUGGGAUUUACAGCGCGCGCGAUCAGUAAAGCUGUGAACACCCUAAAACAUAUGAAAAAGGAUUAUUUAUUUUUAUUUUUUUUUUAUUUUAGUUUUCUGACGAAGCGAAAAUUAAGACAACUUAAACCUGUUGAGGGUUGUUAUAAAUUUGACUUUUUACCUCGCGUGUGAUUUGUAGGGAUAAAACAUUUCAUAUCUACGCUAUUUACGUUUUUAUUGGUCGCGAUGAAAGUGUUAUUACAGCGUUUUAUCUUAAACCUACCCUUUAAAAUCAUAUUGUUUUAAAAUUGUUGUACAUAAGAAGGAAUGAGAUGAGACAAAGAAAACGGGUCUUAGCAUCAUUGAUACACUCCUUUUCGCUCAGAAUUCAAACAUGCAGCUCGAAGAAUUCCUGGUUAGCCUGACUUUUGCUCUUUUUAUCCCAAGCCACUAUAUACGAUUAGAUAAGAAGGAUGGAAGACUUGAUUUCGACCUUGUACUAUAUGUAUCCACAUAUAAACGAAAUGUUGUAAUCAUGGUAAAAAAAAAACUUGAUUUCGACCUUGUACUAUAUGUAUACACAUGUAAACGAGAUGUUGUAAUUAAGCAUUUAUCGUUCAGCCUCUCAAUGAAAUUAUUAAAGGGUAACGAAUAAUGGCAA